AUGCUCUUUGGUCCAGCCAUUAGUGAGACGGAGAUCCGGGCGGUGCAGGAUGGCAUUGCGAAUGAUGUCCGCAGUGAUGGCCGCUCGCUAACGCAGCGCCGUCCCUUCACAAUUGUGCCUAAUCACACCACUGGCGGUGCAACUACAGAGAUCGAUUACGAUGGAAGUUGUGUGGAGGUGCAGUGCGGCGGCACCACUGUGGUGGCGGCAGCAACACCUUCUGUGGUGGAAUUGCAGGAAUGCAGUUCAAUCUCUGCAGAAGAGGGAGAAAAAGAAGAAGUGGAAUCCACUCCUCACAAUUCCACCGCAGCUCUGCGUGGUCCACUGUACAUCACCAUUGAUGCUGUCCCUGCAGUGGUGGAUUAUUAUGCGGAGUCUCUUCGCAAUCGCGGUGGCCGUUAUCGCCAGGCGUAUCUUUCUUUUCUCGCCACCACCAUCCGUCAGACUUUUGGCGCGGAGAGUGUGGUGGUGCAGGAGCAAUUAGGCGUGGCAGAGGCCGAACGCAUCCCAGAGGAGAAUGCAAAUGACAACAACACAUCUACAAUUCCCAACACCAACAGCAACACCAUUAAUAUUAAUAACAACAACAACAAUAUUAGUAUUAAUAUGAAUUCCAAUUCCACCACUGGCUAUCCGGGCGAACAGUUAUAUCUCGGCAGCGGCCAUGCCUUCCGCGUGGAUGUCGACGUGCAUGUGCUGCAGGCCGGCGGCGGGGGUCUCGCGGCGCACAUCGCCCUCGCCGUGCACGCCGCGUUGAAGGCCCUCCGACUGCCCGCCGUCUCUUUACAUCAAACCGCCGCCGGCGUCGCGGUGGAGGUCGAUCGCACCCGCCCCUUUCACCGCCCCAUCAACUGGGAGGCGCUGCCAACACUCGCCAUCCUGCUGCUCUCACCCACGCGGCACUACGUCGUGGACCCCACACCACUGGAGGAGUUGGCACUCCCACAACAAGUGCACAUCGCCGCAAACGCUGCGGGAAUGGUGGCAUACACGAAAUUACAACAAAUGCCAGCACGCCGCGGGAAUGCAUGGCGAUUGGGAAAUAAUAAAAAGAAUGGAAGAGAUGAGGAAUUGUCAACGGCGGUGUCUCCAAUGGAUUUAACGGCUCUCUUGCAUGACGCUCCAUACAUUUGUCAGGCUAUUAUAUCCGAGUGUGAUGAGGCCCUCCAGAAGACCCUUUAA